AGAAUAUUCAGAUUAGACCGUUACACACUGAACUGUGUUUGAUGGUCUCUAUAUGCAGAAGAGACCAGAACUUUGCUCUUUGCUGUGUUUGAUGUCUCUACAUGCAGCCACCCAGGAUCAGUCAGCCCAGCUAUGACCCCGAAAUGAGUAGAAUAUUUAGGAGAAGGACUUAUGUGGUUAUGGCUGCCCAACAAAUCCUGUGGAUCUGUGUAUACACAUUAGAAACCGCUUUCUGAACACCCCAGGAGACACGACUCUCAAAUCUUGCAACUUUUGAUGGCCAACAGUGUGACGUCGGUGUGCUGUGUGGUGCUGGCUGCCUUGGUGGUGGUGUACGCCCAGCGACGUAGCCAGCAAGGAGCCAGGAUUCAGUAUGCACGGAUCGGGGGUAAUGUGACCAUGCAGUGCGGCUCAUUGGAUAACGACGCCUCGGUUACGUGGAAGGUGAACGGGACCGACUUGAAGGCCCUGCGGAGAGAGGAAGGGCCACGACUUAUCCUAAUUGAGGUGGAUAUGAGCAAUAAUGGCCUGUAUAGUUGCUUCCAAAACCCUGAUGGACAACGCCGUGACCAAAUCACGCUCCGCGUAGGACUUCCACCGAAGGAACCACAGGUGACAUGCCGAUCAAACACGUACCCCAAGGGCUUCUACUGCAGUUGGCACCUCCAGCGACUCACAUACAUCCCCACGGAAUUUGAAGUCAACGUCCAACACAACCAGAAGUCUUUAGAAGUAAAGAGGGACGACGUUCAUAAAAAUCGCUGCCACGUAAAGUUUCCAGAACUCUUCUCCAGCAUUUCUUACGUGGUCAAUGUCACAGCCAUCAAUGCACUCGGAAGAGCAUCCAUAGCCUCCACCUUUGAGGAGUCGUCCAUGGUGAAACCAGACCCUCCAGAGAAAGUGGUGGCCAAACCCAUUCCCAACAACGCACGUCGACUGGAGGUGACUUGGAAUAGCCCAUCCACUUGGCCAGACAUCGAUUCCUUCCCCCUCAAAUACUUCCUGCGCUACCGUCCCCUGAUCAGAGAGCAAUGGCAGCAUGUGGAGCUCUCGGACAGCACCUCCCACACCAUCACAGAUGCAGUUGUGGGGAAGGAAUACAUCAUCCAGCUGGCAGCUAAAGACAUGGAGAUUGGCACUUGGAGUGACUGGAGUGUGGCUGUGCAUGCAACACCCUGGACAGAGGAGCCCAAGCCCAUCACCUCCACCACUGAGGCAGAACUCCCCAUAGAAACCACGCCAUCUGCUGCUCCACCUUCAGCCAAGCCAAGAGUGGGAGUCCCCAGAGGACAGUGCUCUGCUCUCAUCUGCUCAUCCCAUGUCCUCCUGGUGUGCUUCCUGCUGUCCAUGUACAUGUGAUGUUUAUAAUUCAUUCCUGUGGAAGGUCUUCUAGUUCUAUUUUGCACAUCUUAAUGGAUAUCGUGCAUUGAUAAUUUAAUUCAAGUUUUUUUCCCUCUCUCUCACAUAAUGAAAAAAAUCUACAGUUAAUUAAUGAUGACAUUAUGGGGGAGAAAAGAAAAUGCAACAGCAUCUCUGGAGGCGUGGCUGAAGGUGGAGUGAGCACAGACACAGGACUCAAACAUACAGGAGGCCAAACAUACGGGGACAUGAACUCGGAACACGGCUUUUGUCUCAUCGCAGCACAACAAAAGAAAACAUCCGUCUCUCCUUCCCGUUGCCUUUUUUUAAACAAUCGGAGCCUUUUUAUUUCUUUCACACAUUGGAGAUGAUGGUACGGGCUCAAAGUGUGUGUCAUGAAAUUCAGCAGCAUACAGCUAAUCGGUCAUGCCAAAGACGUGGAAUGUUAAGUUUCCCACGAUCCUUAGCUUCCCCAAGCCUGUGUCUGUGCGAGGGACUGGAAGCUGCAGCGCAAAAUCUCCAUCCAGCAACCGUAACAUAGACUGAGGACUAACAAGCCUAGAAUAAAGGUCAUCAUUUGAUUAGGAUUGUUUAUAUCACGUAGCUUUCUUUUCUUGCAUUUGGCUUUUGUUAUCGAGAGGCUGAAAGACAGACGCUCUCACACACACGCGUUUAAACAUGUCUUACACAUCUUAUAAUGGAUUUUUUUGACAGGAAAACAAUUUCGUUGUUUCAGAUCAUUUACUGGUUCUUUGUAAAAACCACUGGUCACUCGCCAACACCAAUCACUUCAACAUCAGACUCCAGUUGUCAUGGCCAGUGACAGUUUUUUUAUGUUGCUUUAUUCAAGGAAUAUUAUAAUUAUUUUUAAUUAAAAACUUACAUAUAGCAUUUUAGUUUUUUUUUUUUUUCAUUCACAAUUGCUUAAUUCACGAUCAUAUUUUGUAAACUACGAUAUGUAUCUUUAACAUCGAAAAAAAGUUUAUUAUUUAAUAAUGUAUGUAUUAGCAUUAGAUUCUUGUAACCUGUAUCUGGGUUCUUUUUAUAGAUGUAUAUAAAACAAGAGGUUGUUCAUUAAA